AUGCUUAUGUAUGAUUGUGCACGAUCAAAGAUAUUCGCUACUGCCCAGCAAAUUCGAAUUCACAAUUCUUACGAUCUACGCAUUCAUGCUGGUGUUCGUGCAGCCGUCAUCAUUGAAUCUUGCGCUAACAUAUCUAUGGCACCUUACAGGUAUUCCUAUGUAGAAGUCCCAGAUGGUAAUGCAUGGAUGCGUCCGAACGACUUUGACUGGCUUGCUGAAGGGCAGAGCCCUAACUGGAUGGUUGUCCCGGAAUCAGAAUGGGAAACUUGUAUUAUUAGGGACAGCUAA